AUGGCAAAUGCAGAAUCUAGAGCUAUCAGAGCCAAUAGACGAGCCAACGGCAACAACACCCAGUCCACCAGUACUGGUGCUAACAAUUCUUCAAUCGACGGAGAAGACUUACCACCAGAUGGUGAAUCUGACGUCGGCAAAGACUCAGACUCAACAAACAACGUCGUAGACAACGCACCCAACAACCGAGAUGCCAACAAUCUCUUACCUGGAGGUGCCCAGGCUAACCCCGCUCCAGAUCAAGUUAUUCAUCAUGACCUGACAAACAAAUCAGACUCAGACAAUCCUGGUCCAAACAAUUCAGAACCCGAACAACCCAUUGUUGACGACGCUUAA